UUGAUUAUUUCGCCACAACCCAACUUUGUACAGUUUGUUGAAGUAACGCGUGUGCCCACAAGGGGUUCCUCCUGGCUAGACUUAAUUCUUUGCAAUGAUGCUCAGUUAGUUAGAGAUGUGGAAGUGAUCCCCCCAAUCGGCAACAGCGACCAUGCCUCAGUUGAUUUCAAAAUUUUGGACAGCAGACUCAAUAAGCGGUUGCUUAGAUAUAAUGCCUAUUUGGAAAAGAAGGUUGUCGAGUCAGGGGACUCCACAAAGCCCGGAAAAGAUAUUGACAAAGAACAUUUCCAAGGAAUUUUCGCGAAAGAAGACGAUGUAUUCUCUCAUAAGGUCCCCCCCUGUGGAUCUACUAUGGGUCCAGAUCUAUGGUUUCACAGAGAUGAGAUUUUCGACUUGCUUUCAAAAUGGCCUAACUCCCAUUCGGUAACACCUGACUUUAUUCCCCUUCAUCUCAUCAAAAGGACUGCGCAUUGUCUUGCUUUACCUUUGGAACUACUCUUUAAUUUGUCAUAUAUGAGAUCGGAGGUCCCAUCAAGGUGGAGACACUCUUUCAUUGUUCCAGUUCCGAAAAAGCCUCCCUUCAGCAAUCCUUCCAACUAUCGGCCCAUAAUGACUACUUAUUUGAACCGAAACAGUCUUAUUCCCAUAAAUCAGCACGGUUUCUCAACGGGUAAAUCAACAGAAACCGCAUUACUUACUUCUUUCAACGACUGGACUAACGCACUUGAUAGCAGAAAGCCUGUACACGUGGUAUAUUUUGACUUCGCAAAAGCUUUCGAUCGGGUACCACACCGCAAACUCACUGCUAAGUUAGAAUCGCUCGGGAUUUAUCCACUCAUAGUACGCUGGAUUGAAUCGUUCCUUUGCAAUCGUACGUACCAAGUGCGAAUUGGAGAUAGCUUUUCUUCAAAGUAUUCUUCAAAGUAUUCGAUCACUAGUGGCGUCCCUCAGGGUGGAGUGUUAUCACCUUUACUGUUUAUUGCUUACACGGCCUGCCUCCCUGCCUCCUUGUCCAGAUUUGGGCUACAAAAUUGGAACAGUAACUUUAGAGUCAGUUCAAGAGAUAAAGGAUCUAGGUUUCAUCUUCUCCAACAAACUUGGAAUGUUGAAAUCCACAUUAUCAAGACAUUUGGUUUCCAGAGCUAA